AUGGCAUUCAAGUUCAAAUCACGAGAAAAACGGGAGUGGAAGGCAAUGAUUCGAAGGAGGAGACAUAGAAAGCACAAGCAGGUGUUGCAGAAACUCGGCUACCUGGCGCUAAAGCUCUGGUGGGAUAUUGGAGAGGCAUCAUUGGAGAAGGUGUUUUUUCGCAUGCUGACCAUGGUUCCAGCCGAGAAGCAUUACUGGUGCGUCCCAUCUUAUUUGACGUAUUCGGACGUCAAGCCAGGAAACCAUACGGUCAACAAACUGGAGCUCUUGACCACACACCAAGCAGGACCCGCCAGGAUCGCGACCUGUGGUCGGAUAUUCGCAAGUACUCAGAGCUCCCUUGAACUGGCAUGUCAUGCGGGAGCACAAGACUCUGAAAACUCGACUUCCUGGAUGCCUGAUUCCACACAUGAAAUGGGUGGACGAUGCUUCAUGGAUGUUGCAAACAUCCGGGGACUCUAUAAUGUAAAGCUAACAGAAGCCAAAGCCAGGGUGAAUAAUUAUCUCUCGCAAAAGAAGGCAGGAGCAUACCUGAUCGCCUCCGAUUAUGUUGAUGUUACGGACACGUGGACCCAAGGCAGUGGUGAUGCACCACCAUUGACGGAGUCUCUGCCUCAAAGUGAGCAAGGCUGCAUUAUCCUCUGCACGGAGCAUCCAAGGCUGGCCAUGGGGUUACCGCUCUCUGAUGUGAUCUUUCUGCCACCAAAGCCAUCCCCUGGAGAUUAA